CUAAUGUGAUUUUUUUUUAACUUUCUGAAUUCAGCUGCAGGCAGCUGUUCAAGAACUUGUCUGUGUCUGACUUGCAUGUGAGAACUGAUCUGGUGGAAAGGAAUCUAAAGCCAUCAACAUGGAAUUUGUAAUGAAACAAGCUCUAGGAGGGGCAACCAAAGACAUGGGGAAGAUGCUGGGUGGAGAAGAAGAGAAGGACCCGGACGCUGCCAAGAAGGAAGAAGAACGGCAGGAGGCCCUUAGGCAGCAAGAGGAAGAGAGGAAAGCAAAAUACGCCAAGAUGGAGGCUGAAAGGGAAAACGUGAGACAAGGGAUUCGGGACAAGUAUGGGAUCAAGAAGAAGGAAGAAAGGGAAGCAGAGGCCCAAGCCGCUCUUGAAGCCAACGCUGAAGGAAGCCUGACACGUCCAAAGAAGGCCAUCCCUCCUGGCUGUGGCGAUGAGGACGAGGAAGAGGAAGAAAGCAUUCUAGACACCGUUAUCAAAUACCUGCCUGGACCCCUCCAGGACAUGUUUAAGAAGUAACAUGGCUACAAGACUGCCAUCCUGUCCAUGGACAGUUAAGCAAUGGAUUUCUCCUUAAUAAAAUGGGGGAUUCUACUUGGCACACAUCACGCAACCUCUUCCCCCUCCCCUCCCCGCCACUACAGCCCUGGUCAUUCAUUCAAAUUCACCCCUUCCCCCACCGAUUUCCCAUCCAUUCCUUAUUUUGUACAUACUCACCUUGAGUAGAUGCCUCCAAAUGGAUGUAAAGAUUAACAAGCUGCAGUCUACACAACUUUUUAUUAUUAUAAAGCCAUAGUACUAUGUCUGUUUAAUAAAGGAAGGUAUACGCUAAUCAGACAGAAGGAACGAUAGCAUGCUUGCUUUCAUCUCUCAGUAAGAGGGAGGGGUUUCACCUACAGGGAACAACUGUUAGCUCAUUUUGUUUUUUUCUUAUUCAUUUGGUAAACAUCGAUUAGGCCACCCCCAAAAUCUACAGCAUUAGGAUUUCUCUCCUAUGAGGGCUGAGCUGAAAAUACUCACUGUUUUCAGGAACAUUAUUGGCAAUGUCAAAAAACAAACAAACCACCCUCCUCUUUCCAUGAUGUUUUUGCAAGACCUAUGAAAACGUUUGCCUGUUUGUUUUACAUUGGCCUCUCACAUUGCCCCUCUCAGCUGGGUUUAUUUGAUCCUCAGUGAUGUUAUCACAGAGCCCA